AAGGAAAGGAAAGAGGGGGAGGCAGGGGAUUGGAGUAGGAUCACAGGAGGAAAAAGAUGUAGACUGAGGAGGAAAAGAGGAAUUUCAGAGAGAGGAAGAAGCGGGCUGUUUUCCCACCUCUGUCGGAAGACCACGCGCUCCCUCCAUGGAUAGUUUCGGGUGACCCCUGAUGGAAACUGUCUUUGCAGAACUCGGACAUCACACACUCCUCCUUGCAGGACUGGACCUGCAACUCCCCUCCAGAGGACGCUACUGCCUGCCACCCCAGCUUGACUUUUGCAGCAGUGCCCACUGCUCCCCAUUUAUCAGCAAGCAGUUCAGGAGCUUAUGAAUCUGUGGGGAUGUUCCAACUCUGGAGCAAUGAGGUCCCAUCAGGCUCACACACAACCAUGGCUUUUGGGCUGCCCAAGGUUCCCUACCACGGGCAAGGGCCAGCGAGCAGUGGCGCUGCCCAUGAACUGCCCCUGACUCCGCCAGCUGAGCCCACCUACUCCUUUGAGCUGUCGCCUGUCAAGAUGCUGGCACCCACCAUGCCACACUCUUAUGCCUUCCCAGAGGCCCAGGACUUCUCUAGCUUUUUGCAAGGGCCCCGGCCUUUGGGCCCAGCUCCUCCUCCAGGAACCACCUCCACCGAUGAUGGCCCCUGGUGGAGCCUGCAGCAACCAGGCAACUUCUCUCUGGGCCGGCCGCUGGUCCUAAGCCCCCAGCCCCCUCUUGCUGCUCUCCUGCAGGGCACUCCCAAGGGGCUCCUGGGUACCACUCGCCGCUGCCGCCGCUGCAAGUGCCCCAACUGCCAGGCAGUGAAUGGAGCCAGCGAGGAGCCAGGCAGAAAGAAGCAACACAUCUGCCACCUGCCAGGCUGUGGCAAGGUCUAUGGCAAAACGUCCCACCUGAAGGCCCACCUCCGCUGGCACGCGGGCGAACGCCCCUUCAUCUGCUCCUGGCUCUACUGUGGGAAAAGCUUCACCCGCUCGGAUGAGCUGCAAAGGCACCUUCGGACGCACACGGGCGAGAAGCGCUUCGGCUGCCAGCUGUGCCCCAAGAGGUUUAUGCGGAGCGACCACCUAGCAAAGCAUGUCAAGACCCACCAAGGAAAGCGAAUGCGGGGCAUGGCCAUGGUGGCGGCAGCAGUUGGCAUCAAGCAGGAGUGAUGUCGAGGGGAUGGAGGGGGCAGAAAUGGAGCCCAAAGGGUGGAGGUGGGUUCAAGGAAGCAAUGAGAAGACUGAGGUGCUCCUGAGCUAAUUUCACUCCCUGUCCCAGUCAGCGGCACUGCCAGCCUAUUCACCUCCUUAGUUAGUCCCCCCGCCCAAAGGACCACAGGAACUGUAGUUUGGUGAGAUGCUGUGGAUUCUUGGGCCCUGACAUUCCAUUGGAAAAGGGAGUUAAAUCAAUUUAAACCAGAAGCGUUGAAAUGCACUCUCACUGGCUUAGAAUCCCCUCUUCAAAUGCAUGCAUUGAAAUGCUGGAGAAGGCCUACCUGCCCACAUCCGUAUCUACAAAGCUACAAGUGAAUGCAGACUCCCAUCUCCAUGCUGGUACUGAUGAGGGGGUUGAACUCAAUUCAGCAUGCUUGUUCUAUGCAAGCCACAUACCAGCACAGGUGGACACAGUUCAUCCAGAUGCAGUAGUGAUGGUGGUGUCCUCAUAUCCCCUUCUCACCACCAAAUGCAUAUUAUUCACAGCACAGAACUGUGGGGAAUAUCCCCUGUGUCUAUAAACACUUGAUAUGGGUCCAUGGGAAUUUGAAAUAUUUCCCCAUCUUUGUGUUGGCCUCUCUGUUACAAACCAGAUCCUUGCUUCAAAACAUGCAAUGCUGGUAUCUGGGACCUUGAA